UCAUCUUCUAGUGGACCAAUACCUACUCUUUCUGCAAGUACAGCAUCAGUUCCUUCCACAAUGCUCUCGUGUUCUGGAGAAUACAUGCUUGCACGCAUCAGCAGAGCCUAUCUCCAGUUGUUGGGCUACAAUGCAUGGGAUGUGUACCUGAAUUCUUCAGACUCUUUCUGUACACCUCAGAUUACCCAAGACUAUGUGGUCUUCAAUAUACCAUUGAGUGGGUGUGGCACAGUAAGACAGCAAAAGAAUAAUACUAUAAUCUAUUCCAACAUAAUCAAGACAUCAGCCUCUGGUUAUAUCAUUACAAGAAAGAGAAACUUUCAGUUUCACAUUAUAUGUGAAAUGAACGAGAAUACCAUUGUAGAGACAAUGUUUGUUGCCCAAAAUUCCGUUGACAUUACUGAAAGACAGCGUGGCAAUUACAAUGUGACACUUUCAUUCUAUGAAUCAUCGUCUUUCUACUAUCAAGUUUAUGGCUCUCCGUACUAUGUGUCACUCAGUCAGGAUCUCUAUCUCCAAGCUACUCUUCACAGUUCUGAUCCAAACUUAGUACUAUUUCUAGAUACAUGCGUAGCAUCUCCAUACGCGAAUGACUUCACAACCCUGACCUAUGACUUAAUCAAGAAUGGAUGUGUACGAGACUCAACCUACAGAAAGCUGUGGUCACCAAUGAACAACCAAGUUCGUUUCAUGUUCAACUCCUUUAAGUUUCUUUACCAACACAAUGAAGUUUACUUGCAGUGCAAGUUAGUAGUGUGUAGGGCAUAUGACACCUCAUCCCGAUGCUACCAGGGAUGCUUAGUCCGAAAGAAGAGGGAUGCAGAUGAGCUUCAGGGCAAAGUGGAUGUGGUUGUGGGGCCAGUCCAGCUUCAGAAAGAAGUGAAUGAAGACAGAAAACAGGAGCUGGUUAAGAGUGUGAAUCUAGAAAAGGGUGAAGCUCUCAGCCCACUUACUGUUACUACUGUGCUUUUGGCAGCCAUGGUCUUUGUUCUAUCUGGUGUUCUUCUAAACAGCAAACUGAGAAGAAGAAAUGAUCACCAAGUCUAAUGAUACCAACACAUCACCAAUAUUAAUGUUAAGCACUUUCUGCACACACACACAAAAUGGUAUCUAUAGCAUGUAUUUCUGAAAGUGAUUCGUUUCCUCUAAAAAGUGGUUCAGAAUCCAACACAUUUAUA